AUGGAUCGGGUGCAGGCAUUCGGUAAAACUUUUAGCGCGAAUUUCUCGCCCUUUGCCCAGCGCACUCAGCAACUGAUCAAGGAGCAACUGGGCCAGGCCGAUGAGAAGACCCAGCUCCCUGAUGAAUACAUCGAGCUCGAGAAGCGCGUCGAUGCGCUGAAGCUCGUGCACCAGAAACUGCUGCAGGUGACUUCUCAGUACUCCAAUGAGGCUUACGACUACCCGCCCAACAUCCGCGAAUCCUUCAAUGACCUCGGCCGCACGAUCAACGACAAGGUCACGCUCCUCUCGCAGGCCAACUCGCCCGCUGAAGCCCAAGCUGCCCUGACGGCACCCCCUUCCGCAAAGCCGCAGCCCAAGACCUUCAACCAUGCGAUCGCCCGCGCAUCGCUCGCGGGCUCGCAGACUCUGGCACAGAGCUCCGAGACCGAGGACCCGCUCGCUAGCGCGCUGGAGAAGUACGCCCUGGCCGAGGAGAAGGUCGGCGAGGCCCGUCUAGCUCAAGAUGCGCAGAUCCAGUCCCGGUUCCUGGCCGGAUGGAACACCACCCUGAAUACGAACUUGAUGUUUGCUGCGAAGGCGCGCAAGAAUGUUGAGAAUGCGCGUCUUAUGCUCGACUCUAUCAAGGCGAGCAAGAAGGCUGCCGCACGUGGUGAUCUGGAUAACCUGAGUGAGGAUGCCCGCGCGGAGAUCGAGCAGGCGGAGGAUGAAUUUGUUGGUCAGACGGAGGAGGCUGUCAGCGUGAUGAAGAACGUAUGUCUUCCCCCCCCAUCCCUUACUUCUCUCGGUACUAAUUGCUUAGGUCCUUGA